CCUACACGUGUCUCUAAGAUUGCAAAAGAUAAAAUCUAGCCCGUUCCCAUUCUUUGCUUUUCCGGACUGAGUUCACGACCAGAAUCGAAGAAUUAGAUGACACGCCCUGUGGUUGCAGUCCCUCCUUUCUCUCCUCCCCUGUGCUAAAUAAAAGUCUCCUGGUGGGUAAAGUCGGGCGGGAGGUGGCUGUGUUCACGCUCGCGAUCCGACCAACCACCCAUAUAAUCCAUUACUACAAAGAUGGGCAAUGCGUGGUCAAACGUGUGGCGCCAUUUGACAGAAGAUACAAUUUCAUCUGUCGGGAUUAUUUACACAGCAUUCCUGUUUGUCCCAAUUCCCAUUGGCUUCUUCUUCAAGAAAAGGGGAUUGACAUUCAAGAAAUAUGGAGCAGCUGCGGUGGGCCUUGGGCUUACAAUGGCUGCUUGUGGCAUCCACACCAUUCAUUCCUUUGUCACCAUUAUGGGGACAUGGAUUAUCAUCAAAAUCUCACCAAAGUAUUCCACCUCUCUGACAUUAGGAUGGACGUUUUCAUACCUGCUCUUUUUCCACAAAUUUACCUCCUUCAAGUUUCCCCAGAUAACACAUUUGACCAAAUCUGUGCAACUUUUGCUCACCCUCAAGAUGGUGAGCAUAGCCAAUGAGGUGCAAGAAUUCAUACAGGUGAAGGAACAGGAAGUGACAUCAGAUGUCAAAUCUCCGGCGAUUGGCGUAAUUUCUGAAAUACCUGGACUGCCAGAGAUACUGUGCUACAGUUACUGCUAUGUGGGACUUAUGACAGGCUUAUUUUAUCGCUAUCGUACAUAUCAUGACUGGUUGAAUCAGCCCAACCCUUCUGAAAUUCCUACAUGGAAGCCACUGCUUUACAGAUUGAUGAUGAUGCCUGUCUUUGCAACUACAUUUUUGGCUGUCUCCUACAUCUGGCCCCCUGAAUAUGUGGAAAAUGCUGCCUUCUACGAAAAAGGGAUCUGUUUCCGUCUUUUCUACAUGAUGCCAGUUUCCUUUGUGUUCCGCCUGCGUAACUACGUAACCUGGUAUGGUGCAGAGAGUGCCUGCAUCACUGCUGGCCUUGGAGCAUAUCCAACUUGUGCCAGUUCAGAAUCAGGCAGAGGACCGACUGUGGAAUACGAAUCUCUAAUCCAAUUAGCUGAUGGGGAAGCAUCCAGUGUUGCCUAUGAUUAUCGGACAAUCCAAAACAUUGAUCCAUAUGGUACAGAAUUUUGUACCAAGGUGAAGGAUGGCAUUCUCUGUUGGAACAUGACUGUCCAAUGGUGGUUACACCAAUACACCUACAAAAAUGUGGCUUUUCUCCCCCGUCUCUUAAGGUAUUCUUGGACUAUGGGUAUCUCGGCCUACUGGCAUGGAUUCCGCCCUGGCUAUCACCUCAGUUUCCAUACCAUCCCAUUAUGCCUACUAGCUGAGAAGGCCAUGGAGGAUGGGUUAUUGAGGCAUCUCUCCCACUCUGGCCGUUCCUGUGCUGACUGGGCACACUGGUUCCUGAAGAUGAGGGCUUAUGACUAUGUGUGCGUGGGUUUCCUCUUGCGUAGCUUUGAGGGUACUAAUCGCUAUUGGAAAUCAGUGUAUUAUUGUGUUCAUGUGGGGGCUUUCAGUUUCCUUGUAGCUGGGAAAGCAAUGGGAGCCCUCUCCAAAGGCAAAUUUGACAAAAAGCGUGAAUGAAAAGGCAGUAUUCUUUUGUCUUAAAUAAUCAGUGGGAAAAUCUAAUCUAUUAGCAAUAACUAAGAGAAGGUAUUGUGUAUAGGUUCAAAAUGGCCUCAAUAUUUACAUAUUCAGAUUGUGCCUUAAAGCAUUUCAGCUUAAGCUCGUGGUGCCUUUAAUAAUGGAAGGUCAAAAAUAAAUGGUGGGUCAAAUUAGAAAAUACAGUAUUAAGAUGCAGAUAGUCCUCAACUUACAGCCAUUCAUUUAAUGACCAUUUGAAAUUAGGUUAGCACUGAAAAAAAGUGAUUUUCAGCCUGUUCUUGCACUUAUUGGGGGUUCCCUCGGUCACAUGAUCAAAUUUGGGGGGGAAGCGGGAUUCUUUUAAUGACUGCAUGCAUGAUUCACUUCACAACCAUGGCAAAAAAUUGUCAUAAAAUCAGGCACAACUCACUUAAUGACCAUCUCACU